UGGACGGUGAAGAGGGCGGGAAUAACACGUGGCAAUAGUUGAUCCGAGUUAAAAUUCUAAGUGGCAGGGAAGGGAGAGAGAGAGGGGAGAGGUAGGGAGGAAGAGGGAGAGGUAGGGAGGAAGAGGGAGUGGUAGGGGGGGGAAUCGAAGGUGCGAACCCAUGGCUGCUGUAGCAGCUGGUGUUGCUGGACGGUCACUAGCACUGACCGCGACGUCGGGGCGCAGUCAAUCAUUGGCCUCGACACGUCAUCAGGCGCAAGGAGGAGGAGAAGGUUCGUCUUUCUCCUCUUUCUCUCUUCUCCCUCCUUUUCGCCCCGCUGCAGAGCUGCCGCGGAUUUUAGAUAAGAAGAAGCCUUCGGCGAGGGCGUUUUGUCUUGCUGCUUCUUCGUCCUCCGCGUACACUGGUGAGCUCGGCGCGCUGCUCGAUCGCGCUGUUCUGCAGGUCUGCGGACGACGCGACCGUUGUUCUCGGAUUCUCGGCUCGAGCACGAAGACGACGGCCACGGCGUCCGCUGUGAUGGCGCCCAUUGACGGCAGCGCCGAAGCGACGAAGACGGCUGGCGGACCCAGCGGACUGCGGGGGAAGCUUAAUCGCGUGGUUCUUGCCUACAGCGGAGGACUGGACACUUCGGUGAUCGUUCCUUGGCUGCGGGAGAACUAUGGGUGUGAGGUGGUGUGCUUCACUGCGGACGUGGGUCAAGGAGGCGGCGAGACGACGGGGCUAGAGGAGAAGGCCAAAGCGAGCGGAGCCAGCCAAUUAGUGAUUCGAGAUUUGAAGGAAGAGUUCGUCAAGGAUUUCAUUUUCCCGUGCUUGAAGGCGGGAGCGAUCUACGAGAGGAAGUACUUGUUGGGCACGUCGAUGGCGCGGCCGGUGAUUGCCAAAGCGAUGGUGGAUGUGGCGCACGAGGUGGGCGCAGACGCCGUCGCGCACGGAUGCACUGGCAAAGGCAACGACCAAGUGAGGUUCGAGCUGACGUUCUGCGCGCUGGACCCGUCGUUGAAGGUCGUCGCUCCGUGGAGGGAAUGGGACAUCAAGGGCCGGGAGGACGCCAUCGACUACGCCAAGAAGCACAACGUCCCGAUCCCGGUGACGAAGAAGUCCAUCUACAGUCGGGAUCGCAAUCUGUGGCACCUGAGUCACGAAGGGGACAUCCUCGAGGACCCGGCGAACGAGCCCAAGGAAGAGAUGUACUUGAUGAGCACGUCGCCGGAGCAGGCGCCGGACUCUCCGGAGUACGUGGACAUCGCUUUCGAGGCUGGGAUCCCGGUGACAGUCAACGGUCGGGAUCUUUCGCCGGCCGCGUUGGUUGCCGCGCUAAAUGAUCUGGGCGGCAGGCACGGGAUCGGGAGAUGCGACAUGGUGGAGAACCGCUUCGUGGGGAUGAAGUCCCGCGGAGUGUACGAGACUCCAGGUGGCACGAUCCUUGUCGCCGCCGCCAGGGAACUCGAGGCGCUGUGCCUCGACAGAGAGACGAUCGCCGUGAAGGAUGCCUUAGCUUUGAAGUACGCGGAGAUCGUCUACGCGGGACAAUGGUUUUGUCCUUUGCGAGAGGGAAUGGAUCAGUUCAUGAAUAAGGUGACUGAGACAUGCACGGGUACCGUCCGAAUGAAGCUCUAUAAGGGUUCUGCUACGGUGGCGAGUCGUACAAGUCCCUUCAGUCUUUACAGAGAAGAUAUCUCGUCGUUUGAAGAAGGCAGCGGCAUUUACAAUCAGGCCGACGCUGAGGGGUUCAUCAGAUUGUACGGAUUGCCGACACGUGUGCGUGCUAUGCUUAGACAAAAGCAGUAGGCAGAUCAUCAUUCCUACUCUACCAUAUAGCUAAUGGAGCCUAAUGAUUUGGGGAUUGAGAUGGAGAUGUUUCCCACGACUCUAUCAUGCAUCCCUACUCUACCAUAGCUACUGGAGCCUAAUGAUUUGGGGGUUGAGAUGGAGAUGUUUCCAACGACUCUAUCAUGCAAGUCGCUCCACGUUUUUUUGGGUUGCUAUCUAUCAUCACAGCCUAAGAUCGUACGCAUUGAAUAGCACGUGUCCAUGCUAUGCUAUGCUAUGCUUAGAUGGAAGCAGUAGCCAGUUUAUCAUCUGACCGUAGCUAACGGAACGGAUUUGGGGGUUGAAAAGUUCCCCGACUCCACUCUAUUAUGCUGCUAUGGUCAGAGAUUAGGGCAUAUUUGUUGUUGCUAUGGUCGGAGAUUAGGGCAUACUCACACUAGCACUUUCGUAAAUGUAUCUGACUGCAAUUACGGCCAAACGUGGACGGCCUAACGUGGACGAAUCUGGCCGCCAUCUCGUCCAGAGCUUCGUAGAAAAAGGCCUCUUGUGAGUAUGCCCUGAGUUGUUCGAGUGUGCGGAUGUGGGGACACAUGCGAGCUAUAUUGUACAAGGGUGUGGGGGAAUGGAGUAGAGUUAAGAAAAUCACUGCAAGUCAGACUACGCAUGUGCGUAGACGAGAGAGGUGCCUUCUUACGGUACUAUACCUAUGCCGGGGGGGGGUAGAAGUGAAAUGAGAAAUGUCACUUCGUAGAGGACGCGCGUUCGAAUCUUUUCUUCUUAUCCAUCCAUUUGCAGAUUAUUGAAGUUGGGGGGGGGGGGGGGGGGGGGGUAGGGGACGAGAAACCGCUACAAGACACCGCACGCGUCUUCAAAUCGCGUAUAGUUGACCACUCCCAUCUGCAAAUCAUACGUACUCUCCAGUAGCCUGAUUAGGCUCUGACCCCGGCUGCCAUGCUUUGCUAUAGUAGAAGAGGCCCACAUUGGCGGCUACCGGUGAUUGAGAGGAGUGUAGUCGAGGUUUACAUAAGUUCAAGUAGAGAGUAUAUGUUUAAGGUGUGGGCAGUCGUCAAAGCAUCCCUGAUUAUCCUGGCAGCCCUACUCUUUCUCUCUUCUCUCUGUUCUCUCAAAAGAAUCCUAGUCCUAGCGUACCGUGGCGGCAAUGCUCUUCAAAAACGGACGAUGGUAGUGGGUUCUGCUGGCAACGUCUUGGGCUCUCGUUCUGUCGCUGCCGAGGGUGCGAGUGACACAUGAGGAGGUCCAGUUGUCGAAUGGACAGGCGAGAAGAGGUUUCUUGAUGGGAAGAGAUAUAGAGGAAGAAGCUGGGAAGAAUCUGCAUCAUCAUAAACAUCACCGUCAUCAUUAGCUGCAUAACAUCAUCAUCAUCAUCGUAUCAUCAUCGUGAUCAUCAUCAUCAUCAUCAUGGUCACCAUCGUAUCAUCAGCAGCAGCAGGAUCAUCAUGUCGUCAAACGUUGUCUGCUCAUCCAAUGCAUGAAGAGAGGCUCGUUCGUGAGGGUUGCGCGGGUUGCUGACUCAUUCCCGUGCUGCUAUGGGUGGGUUAACGGCGGCAUUGCAUGGAGGGAAGCCGAGUUGGGGUCGACAAGGAUGAUUCCCCUUGUCUUGGGGAAGCAUGAGAGAGAGAGAGAGAGCAUGUCAUGGUCGGAACCAUUUUUGUUAUUAUCUAUUCUGUUCGUGAGUAGAUUAUUAUCCCUCUAAGAGACCGUUUUGCGUUGAAGCUGUUGGGUGGUAAUGGAAUUUUGUUGAUGUGGUGUGGAAAAGGGAAAUUUUGGCUAGUUGUGAUGUAGGACGCGUCAGGCGUUAUGACGACGAGGAGGGAAGCUGUUGGGUGGUAAUGGAAUUUUGUCGAUAUGGUGUGGAAAGGGAAAUUUUGACAAGUUGUGAUGUAGGACGCGUCAGGCGUUAUGACGACGACGAAGAGGACUACCUUAUCUCGCCGCUGGGUGCAUGGAGGUGCAGUUGGGGCCAGAUGCGCUAGGUGCAUGGAGAGGUACGGAUGGGGCCCAGAUGCGCUUUUAGGCAAAAGGCCUGUUACUGUAACUAGUGCUGCCGAGCAAGGAAGAUAAUUGCAGGCCCGUUAAUCCUAUACGAUGGUUGAAGGAUCAGCUGCUUCGGACGGCUCUGAUCAAAGGACGGGUGCUUCGGACGGCUCUGAUCAAAGGACUUUGACGGUCCGUUAUGCCAGCAAUCUGGCCAGCCGUCGUCGUCCUAAGUGUUGAGAUAACGGACCGUUAGAACAGGCAAGAGGAUAAAGAAAGACGAGAGGUUAUAAUAAAACGAUUUGCUUGCCUUGUGGGGCGUUGAAAGAGAGGAGAGGACGGAAGUUGAGAAGAUUUUCAGACUUUCAGCAAUUGCACUGACGCCGGAAAGUGCUGCUUACUCUUAAGCUUCAAGCUAUUGUGAUAGAGUGAUAGAAUGCGUCUUGUCUUGUUCAUGGGUCUUAGCUGUGCCAUCCCUGUUGCUUUUUUGGUAGUCUCUGACGGACAAGUGACAAUCCGAUCAGUGACAAUCCUUUGGGGAUCGGCGGCCAUUUGGAAAUCUGUCAGGCUUAUAUACUUGAAAAUAGGCAACCUGUGAACCUGUGCCUUACGUGUGAUUUGAGAGAUCACGAUCGAUGUCCUGGGCUGGUAAGGGCGGAAGAGAGAGAGAGAGAGAGAGAGACGUUCCCUUUGUCUGUGGAUGAUAAUAGACCUGUGUGGGGUUGGUUGUUGUGGAAUUCUAUCGUAGUCCAUUUUUUGGAAAUAUGAACCUGGUCCUUCCCCUGGACCAGGUCUACGACUUAUGCCCUUUG